GCUGUGCCUGGACAGCCCGAGACAGCCCGAGACAGCUGGCGGAGGUAAGCUUGGCGGGAGCUGACACCUCCCUCUCUCAUCUCACCGACGACCAGAGUUGCUUUCUGAACCGCUGAAUUGCUUAAUUGCUAAAUUGCUGAUUAAGCUGGCCGAGGUCUGAAUCAACAAUCAUUGUGAGAGUCGGUUCUCAUUUAAGCCAUCGCCAACCCACCCAAGUCAUGCGCGAGCGAAUCACCUAUGUCCAGAAGUUGGGCGACUCACUGGAGCCAUCGGCGGUGAGAGUCGAUGACGACGUAAUCCAAGGUCCUGAGGUGCACGCCGUCCGUGAGGACAGGUUGACCAUUGCCCUUGAUGAACUCCCUUCAGAGCUGAGGACAGUGGUUGCGGGUACCCAAGACCUCCAUAUCCGAUGGGUCAGCACCGCAGCGUAUGGGACAGUCAGCCCGCUGCUCACAAGACUGCCUCCUGGCUUCCAUCUCUUUUUCACUCCAGGGAGGAACCAUGCUGUCACGGACGGGCUAUGCUCGAUACUGAGCGGCAUAUUUGGGGACAUAUCUUGCACCACUCCUGCCGAAUCCUUCACAGCCGUCCAUGAAGACCGCUUUCAGUACUUCCAGGAGCUUAACGAUUUGUCACACUUCAUCCAAUAUGCCAAGGGCCAGCUAUGCGGGCCAAGCGACGAGUCCUGCUCUGCCAGGCUAGACACCCUCUCGGAAGCCGGCUCGCUCGACUUAUCAUACGACAUCUCUCAGAAGGUUCUGCGGGUUACCGCCCUCUGGCCUUACCAGCGCCAACACGUGCACGCCACAUCCCGCCCGAAGGUCCGGACGGAAGUCGGCAUCCUGUCUACGGACAAACCGAAAACGCUUGAGGCACAUGAGAUCGGCAUCUCAGGCCUCCUCACCGUCCUAGGCCAAGACUCGACGCCCUCCCCAACCAUGUUCUCCUUCGCCUCGCGCCACCGCGAUGCCGAGUCGGCCUUCUCGGCCGAGUUCCUCACCCCAACCGGCCUGCACCCAACCCUCCAGCUCCAGCUCACCUCGGCCAACCCACCCCCCUCCACCGCCGACGAAGACGCCACCUGCACGCCCUACGCCUACCUCACGCUCCCGCGCACCAUCUUCGCGGACAAGUACCAGCUCUCGGACCCGCUGUUCCUCGCCUCCAAGAACCUCACCGCCCUGCGCCACACCACCCAGCCCGUCGACCUCGAGGCCCCCGAGUAUGCCAUGGCCCAGUGGGGCUCGACCGUGCUCCUCGAGCUAUCUCCUCCUCCUCCUACACAGCCGCACCAACAACAAGAGGGGGAAUGGACGGCGUCCAUCCCCCUCCACCUGCGCUACCUCGCGCCCGCGCCCGGCGGCUACGCCACCGCCGCCGUGCCCUACCCGGCCGUGUUCUGGGCGUGCGAGCCCGCGCAGGGCGGCACGGUGUUCCCGCCGAACCCCUUCGAGAGGACGCACCUGGGGUAUGACGGGCUGUUUCGCGGGGACACGGUGUUUUGGCACGUCGAGCCGCGGCCGGCGGCCGGGGGCGGGCUGCUGGUGAACGAGGUGAGGGUGCCGGUGCUGGAUGUGGACAGGGCCGGGUGGGUGAACGCGGGCACGGCGGCGGCGGUGUUGGUCGGCUUCGCGUGGGUUGUGUGGAAGAUUGUUGGGGUUUGGGCUGGGGGGGUUAAUGGAGGGGGUGCGGAGGAGAGGGAGAAGAAGAGACAGUGA